GAUGCUGAUGCUACAGUUACAGACACAGCCCCCGCUGGCGCAGCCUCUCUGAUUCUCUCUCUCUCCCUCUCCGCGUCCAGCGCUGGGCUUUUUCAGACAAGUGCAUCUGCUAACCAGGUCACAUUUCAGCCACGACCCACCCCUCCGUCAGUCACUGGAGUCAGACCGCAGGAGGAGGGCCGAGGAGGACCACAGCGCCUCGCUAGUGGCGCGGUGGAGGGAAGGACAUCAAAUCCUGCAGAAGUCGAGACCCCCACCCCAGGUCCAAGCCCAGGCCACGAUGAAUGCUCCGGGCUCCGGGCGGCUGGCGCUGCCGCUGCUGUUCCUUACAGUGGUCGCCCUGGCUGAAGGCGACACCAAGGGGCUCAAGGAGGGCGAGACCCCCGGCAAUUUCAUGGAGGACGAGCAAUGGCUGUCGUCCAUCUCUCAGUACAGCGGCAAGAUUAAGCACUGGAACCGCUUCCGAGACGAAGUAGAAGAUGACUACAUCAAGAGCUGGGAGGACAAUCAGCAAGGAGAUGAAGCCCUGGACACCACCAAGGACCCCUGCCAGAAAGUGAAGUGCAGUCGCCACAAGGUGUGCAUCGCCCAAGGCUACCAGCGGGCCAUGUGCAUCAGCCGCAAGAAGCUGGAGCACAGGAUCAAACAGCCCUCUCUGAAACUCCACGGAAACAAAGACUCCACCUGCAAGCCCUGCCACAUGGCCCAGCUCGCGUCAGUCUGUGGCUCAGAUGGCCACACCUACAGUUCCGUGUGUAAGUUGGAACAACAGGCGUGCCUGAGCAGCAAGCAGCUGGCGGUGAGAUGUGAGGGCCCCUGUCCUUGUCCCACGGAGCAGGCGACUACGUCCACCACCGAUGACAAGUCAGAGACCUGCACAGGACAGGACCUGGCCGACCUGGGGGAUAGACUCCGCGACUGGUUCCAGCUCCUUCGAGAGAACUCCAAGCAGAAUGGCUCAGCCAGCAGUGCAGCCAGCCCCGCAGGCCUGGACAAGAACCUGGGGGCCAGUUGCAAGGACUCCAUCGGUUGGAUGUUCUCCAAGCUGGACACCAGUGGAGACCUCUUCUUGGACCAGACAGAAUUGGCUGCUAUCAACCUGGACAAAUACGAGGUCUGCAUCCGUCCCUUCUUCAACUCCUGUGAUACCUACAAAGAUGGCCGUGUCUCUACUGCUGAGUGGUGCCUCUGCUUCUGGAGGGAGAAGCCCCCCUGCCUGGCAGAGCUAGAGCGCACACAGAUCCAGGAGGCAGCCAAAAAGAAGCCAGGCGUCUUCAUCCCGAGCUGCGAUGAGGAUGGCUAUUACCGGAAGAUGCAGUGUGACCAGAACAGUGGUGACUGUUGGUGCGUGGACCAGAUGGGCCUGGAGCUGACAGGCACACGCAUGCAUGGGAACCCUGACUGUGAUGACAUUGUGGGUUUCUCAGGGGACUUUGGAAGCGGUGUCGGCUGGGAGGACGAGGAGGAAAAGGAGACAGAAGAGGCUGGAGAGGAGGCCGAGGAGGAGGAGGGUGAGGCUGGUGAGGCAGAUGAUGGAGGCUACAUCUGGUAGACGGCGCUCCGGGGCCUCGGCAGGCCAGGGUGCCGAUGGCCGGAGAGACAGGCCAGAAGAAACCUGGACGACAGCAGGCAACUUAGCAAAUGGAUCCGGAAGUCAGUGUGAAGGGCCCUGGCUCCAGCGGGGAGGACCGGAAUGGAGAGUGUGGCAUGUGUGACUGGCGUGUGUGUGCGCGUGUGCGUGUGUGCACGCAUGCGUGCACGUAUGUCGUGUGCGUGUGGCAUGUGCUGACAGAUGUGUCCUUGAUCCAUGCUGCUCCUGGCAGUGAAACACCCAAAGGCCCCUUCCUCCUUGUAGUUUCUUUCUUUUCCUUUGCUGUUGAUUUUAAAAUGCACAAGUUCACACACAUGUACACACUAAUGCGCCAAAAUCAGCGAUAUGAGAUGCCCCUGAUCCUGCCCCUCAACCCAACACCUGCUGUUCCUCCCGGCUCAAUCAGUGCUACCUCCCCCUGCGCCUUCCCGCCUUUCUUCCUCUACCUUCUGAGGUUAAAGAGAGGAAGGGCGGGAAGCUGUAAGUUGGGCAUGCUCCCCAAAUCAGACUGAUCUGAUGUGAAAGCCCGGCCAUCUUCUAGUGAUGAUGGGCCGGACCCUGCAUACAGCAAUGCUUACCCUUCUGAUAUCUGAAGGACUGGUUGCAGAUAUGUCUAGCCAUGGCCCUUGGGCUGCAUUUGGUUCAGGAUAGCUAUCAAUGUGGCCCAACCCCAAACUGUAGACUUACUUAAGACAUGGGUGGGUUUUUUUUUUUGUGGUGGGGAGGUAACUGGACGAAGGAGUUCUUGAGUGUCAACUUAGUAGAUGACAAUGCUCUAUCCCAAUGUCAAAAGGCUGGAAACACCUAAUAGGUUAUCUCUUAACUUAUUCCUAGGAAACCAGAGAUAGCCCAGGAGAACAGGCAGAGGCUGUGAUGAAGGGGAGGGCAGGUCCUUCGAUGCCAGACCUCAGAUUAACCCAGCCAGCUCCUGUUGCCUCCUGGGCAUGUAGGAUGCUUUCUUGACAAAGGGGGCUGUCAUCAUGGAGCUGAGCUUUGGUGCAGCCUGCUGUGAGGUCUUCCUGCUGCUCCCUUUGUCUCCUGGCUAGGGUUCCCCUUGUCCUAAUGGGCAGGGGACCAGAAAGCAGCAUAUGCGUGCCCACCUCCUCCCUGACCCUCUAAGAAAGUAGUCCCCUCUUGCCCAGACCAAUAGGAAGGUGUGCUUCAGAGACCCUAUGUGAGGAAGCAGUGGGAGGCUGCCAUUUCCUGUACCCUGAGAUAGUCCUGGAGGAGAGCCACCACAGUCACAGCCCUCUUAAUCACGGGGUCUCCUCUGUCUCAAGGGUCCCCAAGACAGCCCUGGCAGAAUUGCACUCCAAGCUCUAUUAAAGUCCUUCAGCAUAUAUGAGUAGAGAACAAUGCAUCACAGGUGACAACACUGGGCAGCUGGGCUCUGAGGCCAUACAUCCCCGUGGCCCCAAAUCUCCAGGCCCAUGGGAGGUCCUCUUACCUAGAUGCCCUACAGGGUUCUGUGUGUUUAUUGUCUCCCAUUUCUCCCUUUUCAAAGGAAAUUUCUUAAUGUAUUUGAUGAAGAAUUCCUUACCUGGAACUGGGCCUUGGCACAUGUGUGUGUGUGUGUGUGUGUGUGUGUGUGUGUGUGAGAGAGAGAGAGAGAGAGAGAGAGAGAGAGAGAGAGAGAGAGAGAGAGAGAGAGAGAGAGAGAGAGAGAGAGAGACAGAGAAGCACACCUGGGGGCCACCCUGAUGGCUAGGGAGGAGACCUUCUGUGUGCUGGGAGUGCUGGGAGGCUUCCAGGCCAAGGCCCCAGUGUGGUUCUCCCUGGCAUCCUGGGGCACUGGCUGGAUGAGAGUUGGUUGGACUCUGGGGAAGAGCUUCAUCAUCCUUCCUAUUUCUUUCUGCCACCCUGGAAUGACCACAUUCUUUGCCAUCUCCUGGGGGACAGACAGAAAUGCCACUAAGCUCCAUCAAGUGCUUCUCAUUCUACAACACAGUUCUGACUCUCCAGGUGUCGCCCGAUUCCAUCCUCUUCCUCCUCCCCUUCUUCCUCAGGCCUCUGCCACCUUCCUCUGGUCCCUGGCUCAGUCACAUCAGCCCUCUGCAUUCCAGAAGCAGCCACUCCUUUUCCUCCUCCUCCUCCUCCUCCUCCUCCUCCUCCUCCUCCUCCUCCUCCUCCUCCAUCUUCUUCCUCCUUCCCACCCUCCUCCCCACCCUCCUCCUUCUCUCCAUCCACCUCCUUCACCACCCCGCCACUCCUCUGGCUGGAGUUACUUGAAACUUCCCGCUCUCACUAGACUGGAGUCUGAUCUUCCUCUGCCCCAGUUGGAUUUCCAGAAUGUUCCUGGGUAGCUGAGAAGGAUAUUAGGCUCACCGGGAUGGGGAGGGGUACAGAGGAAGAAGCACCCUCUACGUCCACUCUGCUCAUCCCCACCACCCUGGGGGGCAGAUUUGCUGUGCUCUGUGUAUCCCAGGGCUUUCUGGUUGUGUAUCUGACUUUGUAAAUAUGUCCCGAAGAAAGCAAAAGGGGCUGAGCUCGCCUGUGGCAGGCCUGCAGGGGUCCAGAAAGCUUGCCCUUCUCUAGAGCCUCCAUAACUGCUUUGGAUUCACCGAGCCCGAGCCCCACAAACAUAGGCAGAACAGCUGUUCCUGAUGGGGUCGAAGGCCCCCAAGUGGCUUCUGGUUAAGCAAGCUUUGGGUUUCCUCAGGUCACAAGUUAGAUCAUUGUCAGUCCUGUGGCCUCACCCGUGACUAAGGUGCCUGCCCAGCCCCUCUUAGUUCCUCCUGCUCUCAUGCCCUUCGCGUGGGCAGGGGAGUUAGGGCUGCGUUGAAAAGAGUUCACACACAUUACAGCAGAGCCACAUCUCACAGGGGCCCUGGAACUGCCCAACUGGGAGCCUCCUGGGCCCCUGGGUGCUGGGAGGGAUGGUGUAGGGUGGGGCAGGUUGGGGUCAGAGGGAAUAAAUGUGCCUUGAGAGUUCACUCAGAGGUCCCAGGAGCAAUGGGGUGGAGCUUAGCCUGGGGAACUCUGGCAGGAGGCAAAGUUGGCGAGAGACAUGGGACAUCUUGACUUGCCCCCAGUGUCCCACAGGGGUUGUGACCUCACCUGAUGAUGGGCACAGGCCCUUUCUUACCCCAACCCCCUGUUUUGGGUUGGCACCCAUUUGGCCUUUCUUGAACUCUGCUUCCGGCUUCCGGCUUCACCGCUGAGUAGGUGGGUGGGUCUUUCGGUAUCAUCUCACCCAAGCCUGAGCCCGAGCCCUUGGAGAGAAUCAGGGGCCCAUCUUUGACACCUGGGUCAUAUUGGGCCUUCUGGCCUGCCGUUGUCCCAGAGAAGGACCUGGGGGGGUUGCAAAGGGAGAUUCAAGACACCCCUCACAAGUCCCAGGCAGAGCACCCCGCUUCACAGCCGUGUCCUACUUAAACUGUCUCAUGUUCAAUAACUGAGCUUAGAGUUAACAAUUGUGGUCAAGUGCUUGGGUUCUGUCUGUAGAUAUAAGUGCUGACAUUGUAUCUCUCAGUAAUUUAGAUGUCUUUUUAAAAAAAUUGAACGUGUUAGACCUGUGUGUGCGUUGAUGGGCACUCAAGCGUCCCGUGGGUCAUCCCACUCUCUCCCCUUCCUCUGCACCCCAUCCCCUCAAGCCUUGCCCAUCCCCACCUGCCUCCACCUGGGAUCCCUCACCUUGCCGUGCGUGCGUGGUCUUUAUCUGCCUAUUACUCAGCCUAGGGAAACAAGUUCACUCUACCCAUGCAUAAAGGAAAGCAAAUGUUAUUUUUAAGAAAAUGGAAAUAAAAACUUUAUAAACACCA